AUGGCGUCUACCAGUGUCCCGUCGCCCGACGAGAUAACUCACGCCGAGUUCACCUCGCUGCUCAAUGAGUACCCAUCCCUCGUCGACACAAUCUCCAAAUUAAAAGGCUCCAAGUCCGGCCAGAAAACCCUCCAGCAGCUCGACGAGUACCGCUACGGCACCGCCGUCGCCGAAUUUGGCACCUCGACCACUCCCAAGGAGAUGACGCUCGACGACGUCCGGCUCCUCGUGGAGUGGAAGCUCCGCCACGGCAAGUUCCGCCCGAUGCUCAUGGGCCUCGCCUCGUCCAACAAUGCGCCCCUCGCGCGCAAGACAAUUGCCGCCGCCAUCCAAGCGUACCGUCGCGCGGCCGGGCCAUCGGACGCCAGCAGCGUCGCCGCCGCCCUCAAGGAGCUCACGAAGCUCCGCGGCAUCGGCCCCGCCACGGCGUCGCUGCUGCUGAGCGUGCACGAUCCGGAGCGCGUCAUCUUCUUCUCGGAUGAGGCGUUUUACUGGCUGUGCGGUGGCGGCAAGGUGGGCAGCAUCAAUUAUAAUAAUAAAGAGUACGAGAUGCUGCGCGGGAGGGCGGGGGAGCUGGUCAAGAGGCUGGGCGUGAGCGCGACGGAUGUGGAAAAGGUGGCCUAUGUGCUGUUUAAGCGUGACAGAGCUGAUGAUGCUGGGGCGGAUGACAAGGGCGAGGCUGCGCCCAAGGCUGCAAAGACUGCAAAGACUGCAAAAAAUGCAAAGAGCGCAAAGUCUGCAAAGGUGACAGAGGAGCCUGGCAAAGAGUCCAAGAACAAAGGCAAGUCGGCCAAAGAUACCAAGACUGCAAAAGAGGCGUCGGCAAAGAGAAAGAGUACCGCCGUCCAAGAAGACGAGCCGGCACCGGGCACGAGACGGUCGAAACGCGUCAAACAGUAA